UAGUACCCCCCCGCACCGCCCCCCCCCCCCCGGCGCCUCGCUCGGUGAGCAGCGGCCGCUGGUGAUGGCGGCGGUGGAGAGGGAGAGGCAGCAUUGGGAGGUGUCCAGCAGCGACAGCGAGGAUGAGGAGGAGAGUGAGGCCCAGGCCCGGGGCUCGGAGCCGCGGGGAAGCGGCGAGGUGGAGGAACCUGGUAAGAUGACGAAGUUCAAAUGCCCGUCGGAAUUUAUCCCGUGCCCACUUGCAGAGUUGUGUGAUCUCACGUCGGAGAAGGUGAACGGCCCUUCCACUGAGCUCUGGCUCAUCAAAGCCCCCGUGGACUUCGAUCCCCACGGUUUCUCUGGAAGGAAGAUCCCGUUGGUCGGAUUUCAGACGCUCAAGUCAAAGACAUGCAGGGACAAACGCUACAACGUGUUUGGCAUGUCCACCGGAGCGGGUGGGGUCUGCCUGGUCCUCCCCUCGGAGACGGCAGGCCACAUGGAGAGCUGCCCACCGUUUGCCGGCUGCAUCUCCAUCGGGGAGAGCUGGGAGGAUACGGGCGGCAGCGACGAGCCACACUCCAUCCCGGUCAGUCCGGCGCCCAGCAUCCCGCCCGGCUUGAAGCUGAGGUUCCAGCCUUUCGGCGCAACCCCGCCCAGGCAGCUGCCUCGGAAACGACGCGGGGCGGCGGCCACGACACCGAAGUCGGGUGACGCGGGGGAGGAGCCCGUGGCCAAGAGGAGGAAGGGGGCGAGAAAGACGGCAGUCAGAGGGCACGAGCCUAACCACGAAGUCACGGGUGACACUCGGAGAAAGAAGAGGGGCGACGAGCAAGAGGAGGCUGCCUGCGAACACUCGGAUACGGGAUCGCUGGAGCUCGGACACAGUGGGAGAAGGAAAGGAGGAAAGGCAAACGCAGAGAUCCCACAGACUGAGCCCUGCGAGGUGGACUUGGGUCACAAGAAGAAAAAGAAGAAAAAGGAUAAACGUUAAUCAGUGACUGAAACUCCUGAGGACGUUACCUGUUCAAAAAUAUUACACCACCACCUGGUUUACAGUGCAGUAACCCUGAGGUACGUGGGGCUGUGCCGGCAGCAGCUUCGCUGCUGUACAUUUGACAAGACUGUCUCCUCCCCUCACCCAGCUCCUGAGGGCUUUUUGUCUGAAUGCACAUUUUCUAAUUCCCAUUAGCAAACUUCACCCCCAGACAAACCCUUGCUUCUGUCAUGAUGCAGCAGCUUGCUUGCUGUUCUGCAUCCAGCCCUCCGGGUGCCUGUGUUCCUCCUCUGAGGCUGCUGCAUCUAUCCCGAUGUAAUCCUUUUGUACAUUGAAGACCAUUUCCCCCUCAAAUUCACAAUGUAUUUUUUUUUUCCAAAAAAAAAUAAAACUUGUUGUGAGAGUGUUA